CGAUUCUUUUAUUACGGUUUCUAGGUGGGCCUGAAGCAUGGAGGUGGUUGGCCAUGGUCUAUUUGUGUAAUGACCCAAACUUCUGUCCUUGUCUCCGCCUGUCUCCCAAGGUUAUAGAAUUAGUAUAGCACGUUGAUAUAGAAACCAUGCUAUCAUUUAGGAUACCAAUGGAACAAAGGGGGUGACAUGGGGGGAUAGACGACGACCCUUUUACUUUUCUCGCAAAUUAUCGAUGACUCGUCACGCACACCAAGUAUUUAAAACAGUACGUGGCUUUCUAUUAUGCCCCUCUGAUGAAAGCCGAAUCGAUAAUAGCAGGCAACAAAGCACCGAAGUAGACGUUCCUCUCCUUUUUGUCGUAAUUCAGAGCCUGAGUCUGGCCUCAUGCUUCCUCAAUGCCUGCUUACUCACAUGUGGAUGGAAUUUUCGAAUGAAAAGACAAGUAAGUUGUGGCCACUCCUUUUCCAGCCUUUCUCCGACUUCGGGAAUUUCAUGUUGCAGAAACAAUUUCAUCCCGCGUCGAACAUCUCCUGCACUGAACUUCAUUUUGUUCAACGGGCCGGGCUCUGCUUCACUCCCUUGGGAACUUGACCCAAAGUCAGCAAGUAGUUUCGCGACAAAUUCUUCCUCAUCUAACAUCAUCACGACAGGUUUGAAAGGUACAUCGCCUCACCUAGAACAGAUUGGUAUUUCCAUUGCCCCAGCUUUUGCCCUAAACGCCAGAAAAUGAUCAUCCCCAAUGUACCAAAUUCCUCAUCUACCACCACGCCCACUUGCUCUUGCCCUGCUGACCGUUGCCCUUCCUCUUGCCAAACCCACACCGCGACCUCUAGCAUUGCGACUUCGGAACAUGGGUGCAUUCCU